CGGCCGCGCAGUGACGAGUACACACAGUCGCGACCGCUUGUGUGCCGCGCGCACCUGUCCGUCCACCGAACGCACGAAUAACGUGUAGGAAGUGCAGUGACUGCCCUUAUACUGUUCGAAAUUUAAAUUUGAUUUUCUAUAGGUAUCGCUGAGUGAUCGAAAACUCUUUUGUGUGCACGCGAAACCAUCACGUACAACAGAUUAAUUCGAGGUGACGGUGACACUUUCUCCAAAGCGCACGCGCCAUCUUCUCACGGUGAAACCGUGCGAAGAAAAUCCUGAGGAAAAUGCUCUUUGUCUCAACAGAUAAUAAGGUCCAAUGCGUCAGGUGACUGAGAACCAUGAGAGCAAGAACGCCGCCUCGAGCCCGGUUAAAAUCGGGAUACCUCGUGGUCUUUCUGUUAGCAGCUGUCUCUGCUAAUAGACCACCACGAUUCCUCAUUGAUGGCCAGUCGGAGAUAGUGGUGAGGUUGAAAGAGGGAGCUGAAACGCCCGUCGGUAGCCUAAUUUACCGGCUAAGGGGCGUUGACCCCGACGGAGAUACGCUACAGUUUGGAAUAAGGGACCAGCUGGGCAGUGAUAUAUUAAGAUUAGAAGCCAUUUCAUCCAACGAAGCUAACAUUUAUUUAGUUAAGGAAUUAGAUAGAGAGACACGAGAUGAAUAUUCAUUUGUAUUAACUUUAACUGAUGGAAAUUUGGGAGACGGGAACUUCAUCACUCAAAGCUUUCUGUUGUUAGUUGAAGAUGUAAACGACAACGAACCUAUAUUUAAACCUUAUCCCUCCGCAAUCACCGUGAAAGAAGGUGCACCACCGGGCAUAUUGACGACUGUUGAAGCUACAGAUCUUGAUGAAGGCGCUUAUGGACAAGUAUUAUAUCAUUUACAAGAACUAGACGGAGACGUUGAAAAUUUCUCUGUGCAAACUGUUAAUGGAAAAGGUGUUGUUCGAUUGACAAAUCAAUUAGAUUAUGAGCGUAAAUCCUUGUACCAGUUAAAGAUUUUAGCAGUGGACCGUGCUAAUCAAGGCCGAGUAAAUACUGGCACUGCAGCUAUAUUAAUAAAGGUACAGGACGUAGAAGACCAACCACCGGAGUUUGUUGUCGUGAGCCCAGUGACUCGUAUAAGCGAGGAUGCGCCUGUCGGGACGUCAGUACUUCAAGUGCGAGCAAUUGAUGGAGACCGAGGCAUCAACAAUCGCAUUUCCUAUAGUAUUAUAUCAGGUGGUGAAGAGCAUUUUGACAUUGACAGCAGCUCGGGAGUGGUGUAUACGGUCAAUGAUUUGGACAGAGAGGACCCCAAUAACAGCAAUGGAGCUUAUAUACUUGAAAUAUUGGCAACUGAAGAAUCACACACCGUUACACCACUGCCAACCGCUACCACGGAAGUAACAAUCAUAGUUACAGAUGUGAAUGACGAAACACCAACCUUCCGCAGUAAAAGAUAUGUGGGUGAAGUACUUGAGAAUGCACAGCAAAACACACCAAUCACAUUCCUUCAGGAUGGUAUUCCAGAAGUGUUUGAUUAUGACCAGGGUAAAAAUGGUACAUUCGAGCUAUACCUGAGCGGUGAUAAUGGUGUGUUUGAUGUAACACCAUUCAAAGGUAUCAAUGAGGCUUCAUUCCUAAUAAGAGUCAAUGAUGCCUCAUUCCUGGAUUAUGAGAAAGUUACUGUAAUGAACUUCAGUCUAGUCGCCAAAGAAAUUGUUACCAAAGAUCCCAAAAUGAGUGUUGUACCAAUUAUGUUACACAUUAGAGAUGAGAAUGACAACUUCCCAGAGUUUACGGAAUCAUUGUACACAGUGUCUAUACCAGAGAACAGUGGUGUUGGCACAACGGUAGCAUGGGUGCAAGCCUUAGAUGAUGACUCUGAUAACUACGGCACGAGGGGCAUUCGAUACACCAGCCUUGGAGGAAGUGUAGCUAAUCACUUAAACCUGAACCCAAUAUCAGGAGUGAUAACAGUAAAGCAAGCGGGCGGUGACUUCUUCGACCGAGAGUUAGUACAGCGUCAUUACCUUACCGUUGAGGCGAGGGAUGAUCUCGGCAAAGGCAACCGCAAUACAGCCCAACUAAUAAUAAACAUUGAAGAUGUGAAUGACAAUGCACCAAUGUUCUUGGCUAAUAAAUAUGAAGCCAGAUUGUUGGAGAAUGAAAAGGAAUUUGAAACGCCUUUGGUGUUGGAAGCAAGGGAUAUUGACUUGAAUGGUACAAAGAACAGUCAUAUAGAAUACACAAUCGUGGGGGGAGAUUAUAAAAACAAUUUCACGAUAGAUCCCAACCUCGGCAUCGUGACUCCAGUCAUUGGACUUGACUUUGAACAAAUACCAGGCGACAACACCAACAUACGGCCAAUACAUUUAACUGUACGAGCCCGGGACUUCGGCGAGCCGCCGCUAUCAUCAACGGUUCCUGUGACGAUAUACGUCCAAGACGUGAACGACCACGCGCCCAUGUUCACGCAGAUGGUGUACAAGCGGUCCAUACCGGAGGACAUGCCCGGAGGGACCAGCGUGUUAGAGGUGAAAGCCCGCGACGCGGAUGGCUCGUCUCCCAACAACAGGAUAGUGUACCGCAUACAGCGCGGCGCGAGCGAUAAGUUCGUCAUAGACUCGCGCACCGGAGUGGUGUCCGUCGCAAACGGAUCUACUCUGGACCCUGACAAGACUAAUCCGAAGAGCAACCGGUACACACUUACUGUGGUUGCGUUAGACGGUGGUAUAGGCGACCACCAACUAAGUGCAGCAGUUCUGGUCAACAUUAGCAUCGUUGAUGUGAACAAUAAACCGCCAGUUCUCGUCGAACCCGCCCCCGUUACUGUACGAGAAAAUAUACAGGUCGGUACUCCGAUAUUUCGCGCCCAAGCGCACGACCCUGACGACCAGCCAGUGUUACGGUAUGCCAUAGACAAAGCAGGCAGUGUGGCGCGGAACGAAGACGGUGUUCCCAUACCACUCUCUGAAUAUGACUAUCUGUCUCUAUGGGACUUGAAUGCUGUGGAUGGGACGCUGAGAGUUGUUAGAUUACUAGACCGUGAAAAAAUCGAAACUUUGAAGCUAAUGAUCACAGUGGAAGACAUGGCGGCUAUACAGGGUGGUCCGAAACAGACAGCCUCUGCCACACUCACUAUAGUAGUAGAUGAUGAAAAUGACAACAACCCUGUAUUCAGAAAGCCAUUCUAUAAAACGUCCAUUACUGAGAACUCUAAAAAUGGCGUGAACAUCGUCAAUGUUAUAGCUGAUGAUGCUGAUAAAAAUCGCACUAUGACUUAUUUUAUUGAAGGACGCGAAGAAUUGUUAAGCCUGGUGCACAUGGAAAGUAGUACAGGCGAGCUAGUGGUAGCAAAUAAAAUAGACCACGAGAUGUAUCCAUGGCUCAACUUGACAGUGAAGGCGGUUGAUAGUGGCGUGCCACCGCGAUACUCCGUCGUUGAUCUGUUCAUACAGGUAUUAGACGAAAACGACAACAAUCCAAUAUUCGAGUCGUCGUCGUUGGAGUACCGCGUGAGGGAAGACAUAGAGCCUGGCACCACGAUAGCGACCAUCGCGGCGAAGGAUGCUGACUCGGGAGAAUAUGGGAAAGUCACAUAUUUACUUGACAGGAUGUCUACACAGGGCAAGUUCCUUGUAAAUGCAGAUACUGGAGCACUGACUGUCGCCGACUGGCUGGACCGCGAGACCCAAGCCACGUAUAACCUAGUGAUCGAGGCGUGGGACAACUACCAAUUCGGAUAUCUCAGUGGAGAGAGCCGCAAUGCUUUUAAACAAAUCGUUGUCCACGUAGAAGACGUGAACGACAACCCACCGAUACUACACUUGCCGUCGGAUUGCACCACCAUCACCGAGUUCCACAACCACCGCGAGCCCAUCGCCUCCGUGUCCGCCACGGAUGCGGACGACAACGCCACGCCCAACGGACGCGUGCAGUUCCAUCUGGUGGCGGGGAAAGGACAUGAUUUAUUCCGUUUCGAGCAAGUGGGUGGCGAUGCGAACACAGGUCGCUUGUUCGCCCGACAGUCGCUCAAGGAUCGGUUCGGGAACUACUCGCUAGUGGUGGAGGCGCGGGACCUCGGCACGCCGCCCAACGUGGCGCGCGGCGAACUUCGACUCUGUGUCACUGACUUUAACGAUCAUGCGCCCGUGUUCGUGCAUCCGCCGCAAAAUGUCACCAUCAAGAUACCUGAGAACGCAACAGUGGGCACCGUGGUGGUGGAAGUGCGCGCCAUCGACGCGGACAUCGGACCCAACGGCGCCGUGCGGUACCGCGUGCGGCGCGACGCCUCCGCCGCCUGGCGCGCCUUCUCGCUGCACGCCGCCGCCGGCACGCUGCGCACCGCCGCGCCGCUCGACCGCGACAAGCAGACCACUUACCAGCUACGAAUCGAAGCCUACGACCUCGGCCUACCAACCCCGCUGAGUUCCGACCUCGACCUCACAAUAUACGUGCAGAACGUCGACAACUAUCGACCGCGCUUCCCCAUUAAGUAUUUAUAUGUGAACAUUACCGAGAAUGCAAAGGACAAAGGUGUAUACUUGCCAAGUGUUAUAGAGAGGGACGCGAUCGACCGCGGCGAUGAGCCAGUGCUUCCUGUGUGCUACUAUAUAGUCAGAGGCAAUGAGGAUAACACGUUUGAGUUGCAUAGAAGUACUCACAGAUUACUGCCCCUAAAACCACUUGACCGGGAGCUAAAGUCGAACUACACGCUAACUGUCCUAGCCACUGAGGACUGUGUAGUGACGCCUAAAUAUAGAGAUGACGUGGAUGCAAUAAGUGCAUUGUCCGUGCACGUCACAGUGAACGACGUCAACGACAACCCACCGAAGUUUGUUAACAAGAUAUUUACUGGAGGAAUUACUACUGAAGCUGAUUUUGGGAUAGAGUUUAUGCAUAUCAAGGCCAUAGAUUUAGAUGAAGGUGAGAAUGCAUUGGUGAGCUAUUAUUUAAUAGGCGAAGUGAAGGAGACGCUUACAGAAGGACUGGAAAAUUUAGCGGUAUCGCCUUUCUUAGUUAAUGUGAAAACAGGCGCGGUGUCGCUCAACUUCGAUCCACAGAAGGGGAUGAAGGGAUAUUUCGAUUUUAAGGUUUUAGCGAACGAUACAGGCGGGCUGCAAGACGAAGCACACGUUUUCAUUUAUUUGUUACGCGAGGAUCAACGCGUGCGUUUCGUUUUACGCGCGCAUCCGUCAGAAGUUCGAGACAAAAUACACGUGUUCAGGGAACAGCUGGCGAGGGUCACAGACUCGGUAGUCAAUGUUGACGACUUACGAGUGCACGAGAAUAAAGACGGAUCCGUGGAUAAUACUAAGUCGGAUUUGUAUUUGCACUUGGUCAACGGUCAAGAUCAUUCCGUCCUAGAAGUUGAACAAGUGUUGAAACUGGUCGAUAAGAAUAUUGAACGGUUGGAUGGACUUUUUAAGGAAUUCAACGUGCUGGACACGCAGCCGGCGGAGUACUCGCCGCUGCGCGCGGAGUCGCUGUCGUCGAAGCAGACGGUGUUCUGGCUGGUGUGGACGUCGCUGCUGCUGGCGGUGCUGCUGGUGCUGUCGGUGCUGGCGUGCGCGUCGCAGCGCGCCGACUACGCGCGCCGGCUCAAGGCCGCCACCGCCACCGCUUAUUCGUCACCGGCGCCGGGGGAGUCCGACAUGACCAUCCGCAGCUCUGGCGGACGUGUGCCUAACACAAACAAACACAGCACCAAGGGUUCAAAUCCUAUAUGGUUGCACGCGUAUGAAAACGACUGGUACAAGUCGGACGAUCAGCUGAGCCGCUCGGAAAGGGACUCGCUGGACGAAAACGCAGUGGACCAAGACUUAUCCAAUGAAAAGCCCUACUUCAUCACCACAGCAGGUUUCCCAUCCAUAGACUCUAACGAAACAGACCCCCAAACCAAUCAAGCCAAAUACGAUUUCUACCAACAAUUAGAACAGAUGAAAAACGCAAAAAAUAUGGAAACGACUGAAUUGUAAUCUUUAAUUUAAUUUAUAAUGUAGUUUAUGUGCCUUUUGUAAAUUGUGUACCUAUGUUUUUCAUUUUGUAUCAAGAUUUUUCAGUAAUAAACAGUAGUGUUUA